AAUCUAUAUAAGACUCUCUUGCUUUUGUACGGAAGAGUGGAAGACCGAUCAGUUACUUUUCAUGGACUCACCCGAAGACUUACAGUUCUUGUUAUCGGCGCACCGCCACGCACUCACGGAGGCGGAAGCCAUGGAAUCCGAUCUCGACUUCGCUUUCCAUCUCCAGGUACAGGAAGCCCUUGCCGCUUCCCUAGUCAAUCAUCCCUCUUCCUCCAUCGCCGUCACAUUCGAACCACCCACCCUCAACGACGACGUUUUGAACGCAACCUCUAUCCAGUUGAAAGAACUCGAAAAAAUGGAAACCGAAAUGAAAGACAGGGAAUACAGCGAGAGAGUAAUGCGCGAAGCGAGAGACGAUCUUAACCGUCGGAUUCACGAUCAGAAAAUGGCGUCGGAGAUUCUCAAUAUGCCCGAAGACGAAUGGGAGCAAUGGGGAGGUAACUUCGAGAAACCGUUCGGUGAAGGUAGUAGUUCUUCUGGCUCGAAGAGUGGUAACGAUGAAGGUUUCUUUGAGGGGACUGGUGAGAACGUUUCUUUGGCUGGGAUUGGUGUUGCGAUUUGUGAUGUUGCUGAUAAUUUGAUACUUGAAGUUUCUAAACCUGUUGUUGGUAGUGGAAAUAGUAAAGUUGCUGUGGAACUUAAGGCUUUGAUUGAAGCUUUCGAUGCUGCUAUUGCUUUGGACUUGAAGCGUGUUAUUUGUUUUGGUGAUCAUUAUCCUCUUUUUCAAUUUUUAAGUGGAAAAUGGCCUGCAAAACAGAGGAAAGUUGCUAUGCUAGUUGAUCAGGUGAAUCUGCUUCAAAGAAAAUUUGCAUACUGCAGUCCAAGGCUUGUGGCGAGACAUGAUCAGAAAUUUGCAUUUAAGCUUGCAAAAGAUGCAAUUGUUUCUCAGUCAAAGAGACCUGCUGAAUCUGGCAGUGUCAAGAGUAUGAAUGAAACUUGUGUCAUUUGUUUGGAGGAUACUGAUGUUAGUCAAUUCUUUUCAGUUGAUGGUUGUCAACACAGGUAUUGCUUUUCUUGCAUGAAGCAACAUGUGGAGGUGAAAUUGCUCCAUGGAAUGGUGCCUAAAUGCCCUCAUGAGAAAUGCAAUAACGAACUUCUAGUUGAUAGUUGCCGGAAAUUCUUGACUUCUAAAUUAGUUGAAACCAUGCAGCAACGAAAAUUGGAGGCUUCAAUUCCACUUACGGAGAAAGUUUACUGUCCUUAUCCAAGAUGCUCUGCAUUAAUGUCAAAAAGUGAAGUUUUAGACUACUCCAAAAGUGUUAUUGCCUCGGUAGAAUCGCAACCCAUGAAAUGCAUAAAAUGUCAUGGUCUUUUCUGUUUCAGCUGCAAGGUCCCUUGGCAUAGUGAUAUGACAUGUUCUACUUACAAAAGACUGAAUCCUAACCCUCCAGCAGAAGAUAUGAAGUUGAAGUUUCUGGCAAGAACGAGUCUUUGGCGGCAGUGUGUAAAGUGUAACCAUAUGAUUGAACUUGCUGAAGGUUGCUACCACAUGACUUGCAGAUGUGGUUAUGAAUUUUGCUAUAACUGUGGAGCUGAGUGGAAGGACAAAAAAGCAACAUGUUCGUGUCCACUUUGGGAAGAGGACAAUAUUUUGUUACAAGACCCUGAUGAGGAGCCAGAAGCAGACGAGGUUAAUUCUGAUUAUUCUGAUGAUUGGUAUUAGGUUGCUGGAAACUUGACCUAGGUCUGGAUUACUACUGGAAAAUGUUCAUAACUGUACAUUGCUAAAAAGUAAAAAAGAAAACGAAAUUCUGAAUAUUCUCUCACAAAUGAACCCGAUACACUAACGCUGGGUUUGAUUAGUCAUUUGGCUGGUUUAUAGUUUAUUCGAAUUUGUUUAUAAACUUGUUUAU